GACGCCCCGCACUUCCCCGCUCUGUCCCGGGACCCCCGCAGCCCGCGCUGCUCCGCGCUCCACUUCGCGGCAACUUCGGCGGCCGCGCGCCGCCAGCCUCGCCCGCCUUUGAAGUUUGCAGCGCCCACCGCAAAGUUGGGACACUUCGGCCGAUUUCUUUUUCUUCUUCCUUUCCUUUUUUUCUUUUAUCUGCCUCCCCCUCCGCCUCCCAGCCCCUCCGGGUCCUGAGUCCUGGCGCUCAGCAUCUUGGCCGGGGACGUGGACUGUUCCGCACACCACACCUCGGGGAGGGAUUUUUUUUUUUCUUUGCCUCUCCCCCUCCCAGGAAAAUCACACAGAUUUUUGCAAGGAUGGUGCCUCUCCACUGGUGUCUGCUGUGGCUGCUAUUACCACUCAGCUCAAGGACUCAGAAGCUACCCACUCGAGAUGAAGAACUUUUUCAGAUGCAGAUCCGUGACAAGGCAUUUUUUCAUGAUUCAUCAGUAAUUCCAGAUGGAGCUGAAAUUAGCAGUUAUCUCUUUCGAGACACACCCAAAAGGUAUUUUUUUGUGGUUGAAGAAGACAAUACUCCAUUAUCAGUCACAGUGACUCCCUGUGAUGCACCUUUAGAGUGGAAGCUGAGUCUCCAGGAGCUGCCAGAGGAGGCAAGCGGGGAAGGCUCCGGUGACCCAGAGCCUCUGGAGCAGCAGAGGCAACAGAUCAUUAAUGAGGAAGGCACAGAAUUAUUCUCCUACAAAGGCAAUGAUGUGGAGUAUUUUAUAUCUUCUAGUUCUCCGUCUGGUUUAUAUCAGUUGGAGCUUCUUUCAACAGAGAAAGACACACAUUUCAAAGUGUAUGCCACCACAACUCCGGAGUCUGAUCAACCCUACCCCGAAUUACCUUAUGACCCACGAGUAGAUGUUACCUCCCUGGGACGCACCACGGUCACUUUGGCCUGGAAACCGAGCCCCACGGCCUCUUUGCUGAAACAGCCCAUUCAGUACUGUGUGGUCAUCAACAGAGAGCACAAUUUCAAAAGUCUCUGUGCAGUGGAUGCAAAAGUGAGUGCAGAUGACGCUUUUAUGAUGGCUCCAAAACCCGGGCUGGACUUCAGCCCCUUUGAUUUUGCCCAUUUUGGGUUUCCUUCAGAUAAUCCGGGGAAAGAGCGCAGCUUCCUCGCAAAGCCUUCUCCCAAACUGGGGCGGCAUGUCUACGCGAGGCCCAAGGUGGACAUUCAGAAAAUCUGCAUAGGAAACAAGAACAUCUUCACCGUCUCGGAUCUGAAGCCCGACACGCAGUACUACUUCGACGUCUUCGUGGCCAACAGCAACAGCAACACCAGCACCGCAUACGUGGGCACUUUUGCCAGGACCAAGGAAGAAGCCCAACAGAAGACAGUUGAGCUGAAAGAUGGGAAGGUUACAGAUGUGUUCGUCAAAAGGAAGGGGGCCAAGUUUUUACGGUUUGCCCCAGUCUCUUCUCACCAAAAAGUCACUUUCUUCAUUCACUCUUGCCUGGAUGCCAUCCAAAUCCAAGUGAGAAGGGAUGGGAAACUUCUCCUGUCUCAGAAUGUGGAAGGCAUCCGACAGUUCCAGCUUAGAGGAAAGCCGAAAGCCAAGUAUCUCAUUCGACUGAAAGGACACAAGAAAGGAGCGUCCAUGUUGAAAAUACUGGCCACCACAAGGCCUAGUAAGCAGCCGUUCCCGUCUCUUCCCGAAGACACAAGAAUCAAAGCCUUCGACAAGCUCCGCACCUGUUCUUCGGCCACUGUGGCUUGGCUGGGCACUCAGGAGAGGAACAAGUUCUGCAUCUACAAAAAGGAAGUGGAUGAUAACUACAAUGAAGACCAGAAGAAGAGAGAGCAAAACCAAUGCCUCGGACCAGACACAAGGAAGAAAUCGGAAAAAGUCCUCUGUAAAUAUUUCCACAGUCAAAACCUACAGAGAGCAGUGACCACGGAAACAAUUAAAGGACUUCUGCCUGGAAAGUCUUACCUGCUGGAUGUUUAUGUCAUUGGACAUGGGGGGCACUCAGUGAGGUAUCAGAGUAAGGUGGUGAAAACCAGGAAGUUCUGUUAGUUACCUCGUGGGGAGAGAGAUUAUUACAUAGACCUGCAGGAGAGACAUGGAAUCACCUUAAGGGUAAACCGACUACCCCCAAGGCUGAGAGAAGUUGUGAGCGGUACUCGUACUGGGGAAGGAAGGAUAUCACCUUGUGUAUAUUGCUGUUUAUAUGAGUAACUGUUGAGGAGACUUGUUCUAGUGUGCCCCAUGGUACCUACUGUGCGUCUGCUGCCCGUUGAUGUCAAAGAUAGAGGGCACCUUGAAGGAACUGCCAUCCCUUGCUUUGACCACUGCAUGAACUGCUUCUAAAUUAUUUUAUUACCUAAAAGUUUAAAAUAUGCCAUUCAUUGCACACAUCAACAAAUGCAAAUCAUUCCUCUCUAUAGAUGCUAGGAUAUAUAUAAAUUAUUUUAUAAAGUCUUGUUUUAAAUGUCAGUGUUUCUAUGAUUGUAAACUAUUAAAUUCUUUUCCUGUUAAAGUACAGAUCUAAUCUAAGUAUAUUACGUGGACGGCCCUCUAGUCAGUUAUAUUGCUAUUGUAAAUUCUUAUCUGUUGAGUAAAAUGUUUAAAUACUGUAUGUAUCUCAUGUACAAAGUUGACAUACAUUAUAUCCAUGUACAUAAAAUUAAAGAUAUUAGAUUAUAUACGGUUCAUUUUCCCAAGCAGCUACCAUGGUGUAUUCAAUUUCUCUUCUGUUCACAAAACUGUGCUCUCAUAUAAUUUGGCACCAGCAUCAACCCUCUUCUUAACAGUGAAAAUAACAUACUACAUCUCUCUAAAGUCACUGUGGCAUUAGAGACAGUUACUACAGUUUGUAUUCGGACACUCACUGGAGCCAGGUGUCCUGAGAGUUGAGGGACCUCUAACAGACCCGUUUUAAAAGACCGGGUUAAGCCAAACACCGUAGCUCGAUAAGGAUUCAACAAAUUGUUCUUAACGACCUAAAAUAUAUUACAUUUAUCUUAAAAAUAAGCAUCUGUUUUAAGUACAAAGUUGGGAUUUCCCAAGUAUUUUCCAUCUGCUUGAAUAUUAGCAAAAUAACCAUUUUCAUGUCUGUCUGAAGCAAUCUAGCAACCACCAGUUAGGAUUUUAUUUGGUAAUGAGGAGAUGAUAGAAGCUACUGUUUGAUAACAUUCACAAUCUGAUACUUUGAUUUUUCAUGAAUUUUUGCCAAGUAACUUAGGCAAACAAUAACAAGAACCAUUUAGCAAAGACUGCUCGAAGAGCAUCUUAGAUAAUUUCAUUCUCCACAGUUCUAUACAUGAGCUGUCAUGAGAAUAUUAGAUUAGGGUCAGAAGAGUAUAGAAUUUACAAUCACCUAAGCUAUAUAACUUUAGGAAAAUCUGUUAACUCCCACUGUCCCCCUUUUCCGUUUAUAAAUGGGGUGGUGACAGAUUUGGAUAAGAUGACACUAUAAGAUAUUUCGUAUUAUAUAAGACAUUGUCUUUUGUAGAAUUAUACGAUUCUUAAAUUAUAAAGUGCUCCUGUGGGGAGCACAAGUGGGGACAGAUAUAAUCUCUUAACUGCUAUAUUGUCCCCUACCUGUUGGCACCACCUUUCAUGUGGCGGGCACACAUCAGCAGCAUUCCUAUGGAGUAUAGAUUCGUUAUGGUCAAGGUAAUAUAUGUGGUGGUCACUAUGAUCUGAUCACCUUAGGAUAAAAUAUCUCCCCUAAGAAUUUAUCAUCCAACUCCUUUGGGUUAUGAUAUCAAAAGAAAAUUGAUCACCUCUAAAAAAAAAAAAAGAAAAUUGAUCACAUCUAUAUAAAACAGUAAUGAUACCUGAAAGAGUUUUUAAAAAGGAAAAGGGAAAAUGUGCCCAAUGGCCAUGUAGUCAAUCAUCUGGAAGAACUUUAAAAUUGACAACAUCCCAGAGAUGUUACAUCCUAAGUUAUAAACAUGGUGCCUUUGAAAGGAGAAUCGACUUUCUCAUAUAACUCACAAAUAUGUUAUUAUAGAGCAAUGUGCUAAAUGGAACUACAGUGGAUCAAAGAGUUAUUACAGCUUCUGAAGGCAAUGGACUUACUCUCAGAUAUUGCUUAAUGCCUGUGAACCCCUGGGAACCCAGCCAAGUCAAUUUAACCAAGCUUUUACCUUUCAGCCAGCUGUGAUGGUGGUUUCUACAUAGCCUGGAUAAAUUUGAGAAUUCUUUCAUGGCCCCAGUGAAAUUUACCUUUUAGAACUUACAGGAAAAUUAAAUACACUUCGUGAAACAUCUAUCACUCCUAGAGAAAGGGGAAAACCUAUUAAAAAUAAAGAUCUCAUUUACUAAUGUGUUAGAUUUUUAGGAGCAUUCAGGUGAACUGGAGACAAGAAAGAAAAAAUUGUUCUUAAAAAAAACUAGAAAAUAGCUACUAUGAAAGCACUACCUUGUCUACCUUAAAAUCCAGAAAGCUGUUUUGAAGACAGGACAUUGAGAAUCCCAAGGAGCGCCACGGUAUCAUUGAGGAGGGAAGAAUCGUUGAGGGCAUUUCAUGCAAGUUCACAAUCUUUAUUUAUCAGGUGCAAAUGAAACUGAAGACUAGAGAAGUAAAAAUAAAGUUCUCAUGAUCAAAACAGAUAAAUAGUGGAAUUACCCAGAUUCCAAAAUACUUACCAGGAUAUAAAUCACUAAUUGUUGGAGGGAGACAAAGCCACUUGUGGGUCAUUUCCAAAAGGAAAUCAAUGUUUUGUCUUAUUUAUUAUUGCAAAGCAAUUUAUUCUUAAAGGUUGUUUCAGGUUUUCUUAGGAGUAUGUGUGUAACCUAUGACUGACAACUUCAAACUUGUAAGAAAAAAGAUAUGUUUAGUUAUUUUCAAAGACACAAAGUGUUUUAGGUUUCAGGCACACACAAACUUGAGGCUAUAAGAUCAUUAAUGAUUUGUAAGGAUAAGCCCUGUAUUUUUUAAAUCUAAAACUAUCCAGAAUCUAUAAAAAAAUAUAGCAGAUGAUUUUCUUGGUUAAAUUAUUUUAUAAUCAGUGUCUAGAAUAAUUUUUAAAUGUGCAUGCAUUAAAGGGUAUGUGCUGGAAA